AUGUCGGACGUAUCUGGGGAUGAUGACUGGUCUUCCUGGGCAUCGCGUCUGAAGGUCGGAGAUGGCGUUUGGUACCAGCGCUGUGAGGGCACGGAAGUCGAGGCAAGAGUCGUUGAGAUCUGUGCGACAAGCAGCACGUGCUGGGUGCAGUAUCACGUGAAGCCUUCCAAAGGCGGCAGGCAAAAUCGCCGAGCGCUCGUCAAAGUAGAGGAGCUGAUGCGAGUGCAGCAGGAUCAUGCACGCUCACCUAGUUCGUCCCAGGCUGCAAGCGCCAGAGCUUCUGAAGAAUCCGAUUCCGCAUUUGAGGCUGGCUGGGCCUCCGAAGGCUACACGCCCACGGUGGCCGAGACGAUGCCCGCACAACGUUUGCUCAGGUCAAGAGUCCUCAGCAUGGUUCUGAACGACGAUGAAGACAUGCCCGUUCCAAGUGGCAGGCGGAGGCUGCUGCGGGCGUGCAGCAUGGUCACAAGCGAGGAGGAGCCCUUCAGGCGAUCACGCGCUAUAAGCAUGAUCGAUUCAGACGAUGUCGAAAGCGUUGCCUCCUCCACGAAUCGGUCCAGAAUUCUACCGAGGCGAACCACUGCUGCGAGCAUGAUCUUCAGCGAAACUUCUGGCGAUUCCUUUCUUGAGCCGAGAGAGGCGCUGAGCAUGCUCAGCGAAAUGCCGGAGCACUGGCUUCUGAGGGAUGGGCCAGUGUCGGAGCCUUCGCAAGAACCGCCACGAGGGGCGCUUAGCAUGCUCAGCGAAAUGCCGGAGAACUGGCUUGCCAGGGAUGGGCAAGUUUCGGAGCCGUCGCAAGAACCGCCGCGAGGGGCCCUCAGCAUGCUCAGCGAAAUGCCAGAGCAGUGGUUUGCGAGGGAUGGGCAAGAAUGGGAGCCUUCGCAAGAACCGCAUGGAUCCGAGCUCGAUUUUGACUUGCCAGAACCGUCCGAGAAGGGCGAUCCAGAUGGUUCUCAGGGCGGCAGCUUUUCCACAUCAAUGUCGCGUCAGGAAUUGCCAGAGGAGCCUGUCUCAGAGUCGGAGAAGACUGAGACGAGCAUAUGUUGCUCUGCGCAUCAUGCCGUGAAGGGGUAUUGCAACGCAGCUGCUUGGCCAUCUGCGCAAUGGACAAUGCCAGAAUUGGUCGGACUGGAACCUGACCACGUGGACGUCUUUUGCGAGUCCGCAUUGGACAAGUGUGGAACCUGCCCAACAUCCGUAAAAGCCUACACCACCCACAAGGUUGAGAGGGAGCUGUCUGAACUAUGCCGCCUGCUGGAGCACAAGGCAGCUUCUCUGGCUUCCACCUAUGACCCAGAUCAGGAUGACACAUCAAGCUCCAAGCAUGCGACGUCCGAGGAGGGAGAUGGGGACUGGGAGCGGGAUCCUGCGAGUUUUCUGGCACCGGUUCAGCCAGAGGUCAGCGCAGAAAGUGAGACGACGAUGUCUGGGUCUGCUGUCGUUGCCACCAGAGCUGAGAGGGAACGCGAAGCAGAUCCCGACGCGAGCAGGCUGAAGAAGCCAGGGUUCAUGGUGUCUUAG